GUUUUCCCUGGCCAGCAAGGCUAAGCAGUGUGCAAGCUGCAGUGACCUUUAUGCACAAUGCCUUUCCCAAGGUUUAUCCAGCAGGACAACAAUUUGGUGGACACAGGCCCAGCUUUUGGCUUGUACUCUGCGUCCACAGGUAGCCCACAAGUGGACAAUAAAAGGAUUCAAAUGCUGGCAGAAACAGUGGCCACUUUGCCCCGGGGACGAAAGCAGAAUGCUUUGACCAGAUCAAGUUCUUUGGGUGACUUCUCCUGGCCACAGAGAAGGCUGGUCACUCUGGAAAAACAGGAUAAUGGAACAUUUGGAUUUGAAAUUCAGACUUAUCGACUGCAGAACCAAAAUACCUAUUCGGCUGAGAUGUACACAUAUAUCUAUAAAGUAGAGGAGGAAAGUCCAGCUUACCGCUCUGGACUGCAGACCGGUGAUGUCCUUGCCAAUAUCAACGGAAUAAACACGGAAGGUUUUACUCACAAGCAAAUAGUUGAAUUGAUAAAAUCUGCUGGAAACAGGUUAAGGCUAGAAACAGUUAAUGGAAUGAUGAUUCUUAGAAGGGCAGAGCUUGAAGCCAAGCUGCAGGUUCUGAAGCAAACCUUGAGGGAAAAAUGGGUGGAGUUCCAAGAUUUGCAGUUACAGGAACAGCGCCUGCUUCAUGGUGAUGCAGUGGACAGCUCAGGGCUGGAGAGCUUGCAAUCAGAAGACUCUUCAGCGGAAAUCUCCUCAGGGCUGGCCGCCUCUUACCAGAACCGCAACAACCGCCUCUCCAGCGAAAGCAGCUGUAAGAGCUGGUUGAGCUCCAUGACCAUGGAGAGCGAAGACGGCUACCAAACCUGCAUGUCUGAGGAUUCGUGCCAGGAAGCCCUGAGCCGGCAGACCAGCAUGGAGGAUGAGUGCUUUUUCCUCAAGGAUGGCGACACGGUGCUGAGGAAAUCUUCCACCAGGAGGAACAGGAAUGUCAGCACAGCCAGCAGUGGUUCCAUGUCCCCCUUGUGGGAGGGUGGCAGCAGCAGCAACAAUUUCGUCAGCAUGUUCGGGACUCUGCCCAGAAAAAGCAGAAGGGGAAGUGUUCGGAAACAACUUUUGAAAUUCAUCCCGGGCCUGCAUCGGGCAGUGGAAGAGGAAGAGAGCCGAUUUUGACAAGGGAGGAGCUCUUUUCAGAUGAGCUCAUCCCACCAAGAGCUGCAAUGAUAAAAACAUGUUGGAUGAUCUGAAGUUCAGCCCCACCCAGCUCAGUGGAAGUGAGGAGAUGGCUUAUGAAACUGACAUGUGACCUCAAGGCAGAAGUGGCCUUUAUUUAAAAGACAUCUAUUUUUUUGUUGCUAUUGUUGGGUUUUUUAAAAAAUAAUUUUUGAACCAACUAAAUUCAAAAAGGACAUAAGUCCCAGAUCUGUUCCAUACUACCUGAGUGACUUUGGGCAACUUGCUUAACCGCUCUGGGCCUUUUACAACUGAGGAUCUAUAAAAUGAAGUCGUUGGACCCAAUGACUCCGAUUAUCCCACUUAAAUAAAUUGUUGGGGACAGACUUGGUUUAUUAAUGCAUGAGAAAGUGUAUGCCAUAUAUGGUGUUGCCUCUGUAAAAGAGGGGAUAUUUAUUAUCUAAAUUAUCCAUGUGAAAAAUUAGCUUGAGACUUUUCGACUCAAAUCAGAAAAAAAAAAUGGAUGCCUCCAGCAGUAUGACUAUUUGGAAUAUCUUUUUUUUUCCUUCCAUAGACUGUUUAGUGGGUUUGCCUAAGACCAAAGGGCAGUCCAGAAAUGCUUAAAAAUCAAGGAAUUGCAAAAAAUACAUAUUUAAAUGUAUAAAUUUAUAGCAGGUAUCAGAGACCAGUAAUUCUCCAUGCCACUGAGGGACAGAAGAAGAGAUGAUCAUUAAAGAUGUGUCAGGCUGAAUUUAGCUUGGGAAUCAGGAUACAUUUCCUGACAAAGAGGGCUGGUGAGGGUAAUUAUUAAUUCUCCUUUCCAUAAAACCUUUAAAAACAUGAGAGAUUCUCAUCUCUCAAGGCUAGUUCAAGUGUACUCCUUCUUGAAGAUAUGGAAUAGGGAUUUAAUCUCUUCACAACAUACUUAGGUUUUGUAAUGAUUUUCUCUCUAUUGUCUUAAGGCCUAAGAAAUUUGAUUCCAAAACAUUUCUCCUUGUCACCUCCCUUAUUCUAGUUGUGCCCUUUUGAAUGCUCUUUUGAGUUUACUAGCCAUCAGGGUGCACAAUCACUAAGGCUUCAUAGCUCCUGAAAUGCAGGUGAUUAUUAUUUUCACCCUAGAUUAAAUCAUUUGAGCUCUCAGCAAUACUCUGUUAGUUUUUCAAAUAUUGCAUAUUUUUGGGGGUAGAGGAGAUUAGGGAGAAGAGAAAGAGGAGAUUGCAGAGUAUGUAUGGGUCUAUUACCACACAUGAAUAAACUCUUAAAAUAAUUUUAGAGUUUUAUAAUUUUGCUAUAAUUUUCCUAAAAGGGGAACAAGCAGGUAGAAUUUAAAAAAAAACCUCAUUGGCAUUUACAAUUAAAAAUCUUUUCCUAUUGUAAUAUUUAAAAUUCCUUUUACAAUUCAUAGUAAUAUAGAAUUUAGGUGAAAGAAAUGUAUAAUUGGGUUUCCAAUAAAUAUUAUUUGAUAUUGCUUUGGUGCUACCAAGUUUUCAUAGGACACUCCCCUCUACCAUUAUGCUCCCAUGAAAGGAAGGAUUUAAAAUAUACAGGUUUGGGGUAUUGCAUAGAUAUGUUAUAUUUAGCCAUUAUUUUCUAUUCAGGGAAAAAUAUGUGAAAAAAAAAAGUUCUGAUCGUUUCUGUUAUUUGGGACAUCCACAAGCAAGAUUUCUGACCUGUUCAUUUUGAGGGCAAAUGAUACCUUAUUUCUUACCAAUAAAUUAUGCUC